AAUGUAGUUCAGUUAUGGUCACUGAGAUUUUCCUUGCAGACACAGAAAACGUGGAACCUUAAUCCUCAGUCAAACCAAUGGUGGCUGCAUGCAGAGCACCACCCAUUUCCUAUCUUUCUCCGCCGAACCCCAAACCCAGAAUUCAGAGCAAAUCAUCAUCAUCAACAUCACCACCCAUUUCCAGAGUUCAAUUUCCCAAUAGGCGUUUACUCCUGUUAUCCCUACCCCUCUCUGGUUUCCUUCUCCUUCCAGUUCCUGCCUUCGGUGAAGAGUAUGACCCGGUAACUGCUCCUGAAAGAGAUGCCAGUGCUUUGAUUUCACAGAGAGUGGCGAAAGGAGUGGAGUUGUUGGAGAAAGGGAGGGAGUUGCAGGCUCAGGGUGACUUCAAUGGCGCUCUUGACUACUUUUCUCAGGUGAUUGAUAGCUAUAAAGACUUGGCAUUCUCAGAGUAUGCAAGGGUAGGAAGAGCGCUGGUCCUGUAUGAAGUUGGUGACAGAGAACAAGCGAUUGCAGAGAUGGAAGACGUUUCAAUAUCUCUAAAAGGGUAUCCAGAGGUACAUGCAGCUCUUGCAGCAGCCUUAUAUUCCGAUAAGCAUGCUCCCUUGCUUGCUGAAAACCAGUUUACCAUUGCAACUCUGCUUGAUCCCCAUUUUACAGACCUUUCAUAUGUUAGAAACACUAAGCACUGGCCUCCAAGUUUGGUUAGUUCUCUGCAGCAUUUCAUCACACUAUCUUAAGACCUCAUAGGAUAUUUGUACAUGUUGUUUUACACAAAGUGCCAGCUAUAUGAAGGCAAUCUCUCAAGUUUGGAUGUACUUUACAGUUUCAAAUGUAUUCCCUCGUUUAUUUAUGUAUUUAUUUUUUAUAUUUUAAA